GUCGUUGAGGUCUCCGGGUUACCCCGGCUCAGACACAAUGCGAUGUGUCAGCUGCCGACUUUGUGAUACUCCUGCUUCAUGCCGACUCGGUUCUCUACGGCGUCCCCCUUUUAAACCGAUCGGCGUUUUUUGGUUUCCCAAUUUCACAUUUGGCCAUCUGUCAACGAUUUGUCUGCCUGCACGCAGCCAUUACUGAGCGAAUGGCGAAGGGCACGUUAGAAGCUCUCACACACCGAUCCACUCCGCGAUAGGAAAGCAGCGAAAUAGUUUCAGCUCGUUCUGCUCUCGGCGGAUGGACAGGAUCGUUGUCCUGCACCGCCUUCGUGGUCAGAAACGACACAGAUCGUGCAUGGUAGUAAACAAACUCUUUUGAGUCCGCCUCGAUGUGUGUGUGCACGGUUAUUUCCUCACCACCACCACAAGUGUUGAGAAAAGUAGGAAAUUUGUUGGCCUAAAGGAGUAGAUUCCCUUGUAAACACAGGCCCACACUGCUUUCAGGAUUCAGCAUAUCACUGUAUUUCAAGAAAAACUCUCACCUGACUGACUCAGCUACCCCUGAGGCAUGUUGUGUUAAAGAAACACCUAUGCAGGUGGAUCCUACACUAAUGAAUGUAGGGGAUGGAGGCACGGUGAGCAGAGAGAUCAGUGCUCCAAAUAAAGCGUCUGCUAGUAUGGUGGGAAAUCCCCCCCAGACGCUCCCCCCUGAGUUUAGAGGAGAUGUUACCCUCAGUCAGCAAAACAAGACCCCCCCAACAACAGACUGUAAGACAGCAAAAGCCUGCCUGGACACUAGCAAUUACAACCACAGCCCUGAGCUUUCUCCACCUCAGCAGCCCAACAAUGCACCAACGUCUGGCUCAGCCCUCAGCGGCUCAGAGAAGAGGGCAGACAAAAGGGCAGAGGCCCCUAAACUCAAGGCUGAUGGUGCCGGGGUCUUCCCCACUCCUCAGUGGUCAAGUGGCAUAAAAGUCGGCUGUGAGGACUCACUCAACCCCUGUCACAGCAAUGUGGCAUCCAGUAAGAAAUCACUACCGCAAACACAAUCUGUGCAAAGUGUUCCGCCUGGAUUUCAGUGCUCCACCAUGUUUAAACCAGUCCAGCCUGUUGCCUUCCUUCCCUCCACUAAUUUUCCCUCUCCACUUUGUAAAAUUACUCUUCCACCAGCAUUGGGUCAGAUUGCAGCAUUGCGAGAAGCCACAGCCAGCCAGUUUCAGAAAGAAAUUCAGCCUCAAAGCUCAGGUGUCGGUGGGACACCUCUCAUGCGGACCUAUCCCUAUCCGUUCUCGGUGGGCCGGACUCCAGCUGCAGAGAAAAAAGUCGGCACAUCAUCGUCAAAGCUCAAAUCUAAUCAUUCAUCUAAUAAGAAUGCCAAAUCUGUGGGAGAGCAUAAAUCUUUAGCCUCAGUGGUAGCCUCACCAGCUAUUGCCCUACCGUUGCAGCACCCGUCAUUAACUCCUGCAGCACCCACCCGCUACACGCUGUCUCCCACUGCUGCCAUUUGCUGUGGCUCUGCACUUGCCAGCAUCACCUCUCAGAGCAGACUGCUGAACCAUGUGGAGAAAACCAACAGCAUAGACAAGACAACCAUGGGUUCUCUUAAAACGACACCUCCCUCUGCUUCAGAGGAUCACACAGCUUGUUCUGUUGAACCGAGAGAUGUUCCUCUUGAUUUGUCUGCUAAAUCAAAACGUCCUAAAUGCAUAAACGACACUCCAGUUACGAUGAUGGAGCCUCAUAAUAAUGAGUCAAAUCCGAGAGAUUUUCUGAACUCAAAGAGGGCUCAUUCUACAACUUUCAGCUCAGCUGUGCAAUACCCUAUCUUACCCAACACCCACAGAAAUGGGUCCCAUCAAAAGCAAAUAAACAGGCCUCAGAAUCACCAGGUCCCAGAGCCCAAACCAACCUGGGGCAAGGGAUCUUCCCAAGACUCCAUAAAAAACAUCCCCGGAACUUAUGUAGGCGUGGCUAGCCCCAUACUGGCUUCUACUCUACGAGGAAAAGAUGGAAAAGGAACUUUUGCAGAUGAAUUUCAGAGUUUUGCAAAGCAGGAGUUUAUAUCUAUAAUUGACCAAGGAGAACAUCUUGCCUCAGGAGGAAAGAAGCUCUCCUGUCUGACGAAGGGCAACCAACAUACUCACAACGUCAAGCAUGUUAAAAACACCAGCACAGCCAUAACUAAGAACUGUCCCUCUAAAGGAGCGCUAACCACGGCCCUUUCUAGCUCUGCCAAUGCUCAGACUCAUCAGAAACUUGGAACUGGCAAAACAGCGGUGUCAUACUCGACCACUGUUGUCAAUCCAGCUUGGCCGCAGCAAUCUCAUCUUCCGCAUCAAGCCUUGUCUGUUCAGAGAAAGAUCACACAAGGAUCUCCAAAGACCAAGGGCACCACCGCUACUGAAGGAUGUAAGUUUCAGAGUGCCCAUCACAGCCCGUCCAAACCUGAGGAAGAUAAGUGGGAGAGGAUGAAGUCUCCGCUGUCUAACCUUGCGUCCAUCGUGAAGCAGCAAGCUCUUGAAGCAACAUCACUGACAUGCGAGGGCAAUAGUCAAGCCUCACCUGUUGCAUCAAGAAAAGCUGAUGUUCUGAAUCCGCUCACUGGGAGCCAAGACACCCAGUCCAAAACUACAUCUGCUUUUGAAUACCCAACAUACUGGUCUGGUCACCAGAAAUGGGCUGGUGUGCCUUCUCAAGGGGAUUCAACUCAAGCUUUGAAGAGGCACGAAAAGGGGAAUGCCACUGAGCCUUUGGAGAAUAAUACUGAAUUAAACACCAGCCAGGGAGAACACAUGGGAGUACAAGCAAAGCAAGGCUUCUCAAAGCCUGCUGGCCAGUCUCCUCUCUUUGGGAGCAAUGCAUCAACAAAUGGGAACAGGAUGGAGAGCAAACUAGCCCAGGUGUUGGAGGGGGAGACACUGAAGAAAGAAAGUGGGCCGUCAGACGGGGCUCCCAGUGAAAAAUUGGAAGGCAUUGUUGCGUCUAUUCUUACGGGCCAGUGUGCAGCGGGAGGCGACAAGUUUGAGAAGAAAACAAACGGAACCAAAGAGGAGUCGCCAACCAAAGCUAAAGCUGCUCCCGUCAAACAAAAGAAAACCAGUCCUAAGAAGCCAGCGAAGGAGAAGUUACCACCGGACUUGUCAAAGAAGUCUGCAGGGAAGAAAAAGCAAGACACAGAAAAAACAACAAAAGUGUCUUGUCAAAAGAAGCAGAAGAAACAAUCUGCACCUGUGCUGGAGCAGAGUCUAUCAGCGGGGAAACUUUCUCCAGCAAGUAAAGAGACGACUCCGAGGGACAAGAACAGUCCCAACAAGGUUGAGCAACCAACCCGCAACAAAUCAGUUACAGAUAGCAGCAGUCCUCCGAGUGAAGCGACUCCAGAGUCUCUCAAUCACUCCGCUGUAUCCAGUAAGGAGACCGACACUACAGGGAGCUCCUUCCCGAGACUGAGGAGAGGACGCCGGCGAGCCGAUGAGGCUCGACUUGACCUGUGGGGCUUUGCAACGCCCUCCCCUCCACCCCCACAAAUGCCUCCUCCCCCAGUUUCCCCUUCACCCCCCGUGAUGCCCACCCAACCCGCCCGCCGUCCAAGAGGGAGGCCUCGCUCCAACCCCCUGCCGGAGCGUGUGGUUCAGGGUAAGGGCAAGACGGCCGGCGCAGACGGUGACACGCCUGCUUCUAAGAAACGCCGGCGGUGUCGUAGCAAAAAGUACCAGACCGGGGAAUACAUCACAGAAAAAGACAAGCUGGAAGACGGAGAGCGCACCGAAGAACCUGACUCCCAGAGACAGGACAGCGGAGUCCCAGCAGAUCCACAGGUGGAUCAGUGUCCGAGUCCUGCUGCCUGCAGUCCAGAGACCCCUCCACGGAGACCCUCCUUCACUCGCUCCGGGACAGUCCGCUACCAGGAGAGCAAGGUCUCUCCAGAGUGCAACGACAAGCCUUCAGGGAAGAGGAAGUUCAAAAGCAAACACCUCAGUGACAAUGAUGAGCUGAAGAUCAAGACCAAACGCGGCAACUUGGGCAAGCGUGCUGCUUCGCUCGCUCUGGAUGGCGACCACGCUGAUGUUAAAAGAACAGAAAGCCCCCCACCCACUCCCAAAAGUUUGCCCUCAUCUCCAUCCAAUAAGAAAGGCCCAUCAGGGAGAAGCAGCGGCUCAGAAUCUCCACCCAAGAGGCCCGUUCCUCCGGAGGUCCGUCGGCUGAUUGUCAAUAAAAAUGCCGGAGAGACUUUGCUGCAGCGUGCUGCACGCUUGGGCUAUCAGGAUGUAGUUCAGUACUGUCUUGAAAAGGACAUCAGGGAGGUCAACCGGCGUGAUAAUGCCGGCUACACAGCCCUCCACGAGGCGUCCUCUCGAGGCUGGACCCAGAUUGUCCAGAUGCUGCUGAAACACGGCGCUGAUGUCAACUGUAGCGCCCAGGACGGCACACGGCCGCUCCAUGACGCAGUAGCGAGUGACAACCUCCCAAUCGUCUGGCUGCUCCUGAACCACGGAGCAGACCCGACUCUGGCCACCUACUCGGGACACACACCGGUCAAACUGGCUCACAGCCCGAGCAUGAAGACCUUCCUCACAGAAUAUUUCACAGACCUGGAAGGCCGCAAAGAAGUAGAUUCCAGUUUACCCUGGGACUUCUACAGCAGCUCCCUGUUCGAGACCGACCAGGAGCCGUGCUGGGACUUCCUGCUGUCUGAGCAAAAUCAGGAGCUGGAGGACGACACAACAGGGAAAACUGAGCCAGACUCAGACAAAGACUGCCUUCUGUUUGAGUUCUCCUCUGAGCCGCUCUUACCCUGCUAUCAUGUUCAGGUGUCAUUAACCCAGGGCUUUUGCAACUGGUUCCUCCUGACGGACGUCCUGAAGCGCCUGAAGAUGUCUGCGCGGAUCUUCCGGGCGCGUUACCCUCACCUGGAGGUGGUGAGUCUGUCCCGCUCGGAGCUCUGCAAGCAGGUAUCGAUCAGCCAGGUGAGCUCCGCUCUGGUUUCACCUUACAAAGGCAAAAACAAGGAGGAGGAGAAGGAGGAGGAAGAAGAGGGACUUGUGGAUCUGGUGCGAUGUGUACCAGAGCUCCAGAGACUACUGGGCUCCUCCAUUCACAUCCUGCAGGAGGACGAGGAGGACGAGGAGGAGGAAGACACACUGACAAACACAGGGAAGCCUCGCAGCCGAUAGCCUCUCUUUCACCGUGCAAAACCUGAGUCCUUCCCUGCAAGCAGCAGCUGAAAGGAAACCUCUCCGUCCGACGUAACGAGGGUCUUAGCGACAGUAAUGACACUCCACCGAUAACCUUUGACCUCACACAGAAGGUGAUUAAGUGAUCACAAGGACCUGCACGCGGGAGUGGUCGGUGCUGGAAAGCAGCUUUCAGGUUCCUCUCUAUAGGUAUAUUUGAAUACAUGAGAACUAUUGAGCAAACCUUUUGUAUUGAUUAUGUAUGUACAUGGUAGUGUAUAUGUAUAUCUUGCCAUCAGGGUUUAAACAUUUGGUUAUAUAAAUGUAUUCUUGUGGCAAAGGAUGAUACUGUUUAGGACUUUUUGUUUUAUUCUGGAGGGAAAGUGAUAUUUUUUUUUUCGACAGGAGAUAAUCCAAGACUUUUAUCUUGGUGAACUCUUAAGUCAGGGAGGCCAGUGGCCCAGACGGUUCCUCUGUCAACCUUGGAGACCCGGAGACCUGCAGAGAAAAAGAGCAGCGGCACAUAAUUUUCACACAUAAUCACUUCCUCGUCUCUCCUCUGUUUCAUUUUUCACUUCAUCAUCCUCGAUAGAUCAUUACUGGACGGACCUAGUAGCCUACCAUGUUUAUUUGUCCUCACAGCGCAGAGGUGGCGUCCCUGCUUGCAGUAUGAAAUAAUGUCUUUUUGGACCUUGAGAUUGAGAGUUUGUUUACAGAAGUGGACAGAUAGUAGAGUUCUCCGCUCCCUGGGUUGCACUCCUCCUCCUGAACUGAUACAGAAUCCUGUGGAUCUCUCUCAGAGGAAAGGUCGAACCAUCUGUGGAGUCCCGGGGCGGCUCCUGGGUCGCCCUCUUAACUGCAGCCACGUCCCCAUAAGGUGUUCCCAGAUCCCAGAGUGCUUUGUGUUGCAGUGUUUUCUUUACACUGUUUGUUGUGCUUAAUUUAAUAGUCAUUAAUAUAUUUGACCUCUUGUGUAUCUGACAAGCCUAUCUAUGAGAAAAAAUUGCUUUGUAUGGUUGGUGCUUCAUUUUGAAAUGUACUUAUUAGGAACCCUUUAUUCCGAGAUUUCCUCCCUCAUUCAAGAACAGUAUUUCAAAAAAAAAAAAAAAAAAAAAAGCUAAAGUACAGUUUUAUUGUACUGGUGCUAAGACAGAUUUUGUGUUGACAAUCAAUGAUGUUUUGGUUUGAAGUCACAAACUAAUAAAAGAUAUUUAAGAUGAAGAGACUAAAGGUGUAAAGAAAAGUAUAGUUUGGUUAAAGAAAACGGGAAACGGCAGGGCUGAAAGACUGAGCAGUGUGUGAAGAGCCUUUUAUUUGAUUCUUUUAUAAGAAAUCAACAAGAAUAAAGCAUGAUUGUGAAUCAUAGUUAUUAUCUCUUUGUUUUGUCAAUUGGAUUAUUAUAAUGAGAGCAGAAUUGAAUAUACAGGGCAGAGCUGUCCCUCAGGGGUAUUUCAAAUUAUCCAUUCUGCCUCAGAUAUUUUACUUAAUAAAUGUUUUUCUUCUUAAAUCACAGAAAAUGUCCCUGUAGCUGGGGGAAAAAAAGUUUUAAUAUUCAAAAACAAAGCAGCUUUGUUCUUGCUGGGUACC